AUGAGUGUCUGUGGGUUUCGGUACUCGGGUGUUGUAAUAAUUAUCACGACGACGACGUUGCUAUCAAGUAUCCUCACACUGUCGUUGGUUGAAACCGAAGAGUCUCACCCACCGAUUGAGAAGCCUCGAGAGAUACUUCGUCAUCAGCAGACACACCGGCCACUGUUCAUUGAUCGCCGUCUGAUUCACGACAUCAAGAUACCCGGGUCCUGGUUCACUGGGGAUUUAAACAACCGAGUGUCCGAAACACUGGAUCAGCCCGACUUUGGUAAUCUACGAGGGAGAGAUAAAACAAAAUCGUCCCGACCAGAGGAAGAGUUUAGACAGAAACAAAAGCUGUAUGUGGAGUCGGUUAGUAGUAAAGUGGUCAAGGUGGAAGCCCCGAGUGAUGGAGGACACUUUACGAAACCGGAAACGAAUGUCGAGAAACUUCAGAUAAGACAUGGAAGGUCACGCGGGCACUAUGGCAGGUCCAAGAAAAUCGAACAAGUACCUGAAAUCAAGACAACCUUUUCCCCUCAAGAUAAAUUCGAGACGUACCUUAAUCUCGAGGAGGAUUUUAUUGAUAGUGAGAACUACGAAAUAGACCAAAGUGUCGAUCCGAUCUACUCGAAAUUGGUUGGACCAAACGACACCCUCUACGUGGAUAUUGACCUGGAUUUUAAAGACUCGGUUUACGGAAAUACUACAACGCGCGAUGUAAUUUCAAAAUCACAAAAUAAUUUUAAAAAGUUUGUAAACGGGGAUAAGGAACGUGAAGUGCGUCGAAGUGAUUUGUUUAAAAAAAUUGAUAAAUUAUCCGACAGAGAGGCGAAACCUAAAUUUGUUGAAAUAGCCAGUAGAAAUAUAACUUUUGAGAGCAGCACGCGAAAGCACGAUGUUUACGGUGUCUUGGUUCAUCAUCCGACGGAAAUAAAGACUUUUGACGAGUUUGUCGAGCGAGAUGCCGACAUCGAUUAUGUUUACGAAGAGUUUGGUAAAAAUUUAAGUGAAGUAGAUCCUGAGAGAAAAGUUUUCGAUGGAAGUGUCAACGAUGUCAAGAGAAAAGUUGAUAAGCCUAGUGUGCAAGAUGACAUUGUCACGCGAUUUUUGCGUAUAAUUGAAAACCAACACUUGUUGGGUGAAAACUGCACUGCGGGAACGGAUUUGAACUUGGGUGAAGGUGUCGUAGAUCAGUACGCGCAAGAGAGAUUCAGAUUGGAAGCCAAUUUCGCAGUUAAUCGAGCGAAUAUGCUGACGCGGUUGUGGAAAUAUGCCCCAGAAGUUAUGCUGUCUUCAGAGUAUUUGUUGCAUGCAAGCGUCCUGUCAAUGGUGGAAUUCGACGAGGACAUUUUUGCGGCUGGCAAUUGCUACGACAAGAUGCAGUACAAGGAUCAUUGGCUCUAUUGUCCUUUCGCGCAUCGAUUGCCCGAUCACGACGGCGUUCUUGUUAAGGAUUUGGCUAUUGAGUACAAGUAUUUGAGCAAUAGCAGUGAGUGGUUUUUCAUCGCAAGGAAGAAUGCCGAGAGAGUUAUUGCCAGCAACAACCAAUUUAGCCAUGGCUACCACAGUUACACAUUAAACGAGAGCACCCACACAGAUCGCAUUGAAGACGAAAUUCUAACAGUAAGAUACGAGGACGGUCGUUGGUCAAAACCUUAUUAUGAUUGCGGUGGCGGCAACAUCUGGAUGCUCACUUACACCGUUCCGUUCUUCGGCUAUGCUAAUAACACAUAUUUUUUUAAAGGUACCAGCGGAAUCGAUAUUGACCUUAGGAGAGUGGACAUCGAUCAGUGUCCGUUGCCCCCUGGUUCUCUUCAGCUAAACAUUUUUGCAGCUAGUGAUAAAUGCAAAAAGCGAACGACUGAGUGCGUUGCAAUACCAGGGCUGGGAUUCCGCCGCGGUAGUUAUCGUUGUGUUUGUAAACGCGGUUUUUAUUAUCCGGAUAUAAAGUCUACAGAACGUUAUUAUAAUGGUACCGUUGUUGAAGAGGAAUUUGAAAAGCUUAUGCUGGGCGAGCACAGCCAGUACGCGAUGGACGGAGUUUUCGAGUGUCUUCCCUGUGCCGAGGGCUGUGAGUACUGCGAAAACGGAUCUCCGUGUGUCGUUUCACUAAAUUGGCUUAUGAGGACAGCGCUGCUUAUUCUGGUAUGCUGUGUCAUAGCGUGUCUCCCAGUUGUUAUCCUUUUCACGUGGAAAUAUGGAAAUGUUAAGGUCGUGAAAGCUGCGAGUCCCGUUUUACUCCGCGUUAUUGUUCUUGGCGCGCUAUUCAUUUAUUGCACUACCAUCGUUAUGUACCCACGUCCUAAUGUAGUGACAUGUACUGUACGAGUUUGGCUACGGGAAAUCGGAUUUUCUCUUACGUAUGGAGCUUUGAUGCUGAAAACAUGGAGAAUAUCGGUAAUAUUCCGGGUUAAGUCAGCGAAGGCAGUAAAAAUAACGGACAUGAAUUUGCUGAAGCGUCUGGGAAUAAUAGUCACGAUAUUCACGGUAUUUCUUGGAAUUCGUACAAUUGUUGCACCUCCAGUGGUUAUCGUUGGGAGAACAGCCGACGAUCUCAAGGCUUAUUUAUGCAAAACGGAUUGGUGGGACCAUAGUUUCACAACCCUGGAAGUUAUGUUUCUAGUAUGGGGGAUAAGGCUGUGCAUAGUCGUACGAAAAGCCCCGUCUGAAUUCAAUGAGAGCAGAUUUAUUUCGAUGGCUAUUUAUAAUGAAUUUUUGUUAUCAGUAUUUUUAAAUGUUUCCAUGUUAUUCCUCCAGUCACCAGCGAAUCCCGAUCUGAUGUACAUAAUUUUCUUCUGUCACACUCAACUCACUGUGACGCCACUUCUGGGCCUUAUUUUCGGGAGCAAGGCGUACGUCGUAUUUCGUGGUGGCGGCAAAGAAGACGCAAUUGCGAAGCUUCCUGGUGCAACGGGUAAAUUUAUUGGAAAGACGUGUCGUGCGCAAGCAUCCAGCAACCAGACCAACUCUAUUUCGUUGCAACAGGCCAAUUUUACUGAGGAAGGUGACGGAGUUAUGGAAGAAUUCCGACGUCUUUAUACCCAGCUUGAGAUGCUGAGAGAAAAAAAUAUGCGUUUGGGUAACCGUCAUUUGGCGGCUAAAAUACUCGCGAUGCAGGAGGCGUCAAAUCGUUCAAUAACACCAGUACCGAGUGUUCAAGGCAUCUCGGCAACGCUGAAAUUAAGCAAUUUGAAUAUAACGACCACGUCAACAACGACCUCGACGACAGUCGAAGAAACCAAUGUAAGUAAAUUAAACGCGGAUGUUUAUCAAGACAGCGCCGGUGAUAAUGCCAAGGCAAAAAGUAAAAAGUCAUCGGACGAUAAUGGUGAGUUGGCAAAUUCACGAGCUGAUAAGGCGGAGGAGCUGGGUAACGAGAACGCUUCGACUUCGGGGUAUUUUAAAAAUGGUAAAAUGCCUGAGAACUGUGUAAAUAUUUGUGACGAAAACGGGGGUAGGGCUGGUGAUAAUGGUGAUGAUGAUGAUGAUGACGAUAAUGUCAUGAGUUCAACCUCGGUCACAGAUAAUAGUGAAGCUAAUGAAAGUAAAGUCAAAGAUAGAGACAGAAAUAAAAACAAAUCUGGGCAUGCUCGCACUCACGCGAUUGUCAUUAAUUUGGAUGAUAAGAGCAGAUGUUCUGAUGAAGUUACUGUGUAAAUUAUUAAUUAACUAUAAAUU